GGCCCCGGCGAGCGCCGGUGUGGACCUGAGUCUGCGGGCUGGGCGGACUCGCUGGAGCCGCGACGCUGCCGCCGGCCAGGCCGCUGCCCUUUCCCGCUCUGGAAAGGAAGAGAAAUGGAAGUGAAAAAGCUGGGCCUUUCCUGGCAGUUCUUGAUAGUUCUGGUUCUGAUCCUGCAAAUUCUGUCUGCGUUGGAUUUUGACCCAUACAGAGUCCUAGGGGUCAGCCGAACAGCCAGUCAGGCCGAUAUUAAAAAGGCUUAUAAGAAGCUCGCCCGGGAAUGGCAUCCUGACAAAAACAAAGAUCCCGGAGCGGAAGACAAGUUCAUUCAGAUCAGCAAGGCCUACGAGAUUCUUUCCAAUGAAGAGAAGAGAUCAAAUUAUGACCACUACGGAGAUGCCGGAGAGUCUCAGGGCCACCAGAAGCAGCAGCAGCGGGAGUACCGCUUCCGCCACUUCCACGAGAACUUUUAUUUUGACGAGUCGUUUUUCCACUUCCCCUUUAACUCCGAGCGACGAGACUCCAUUGAUGAAAAGUAUCUCCUGCACUUUUCGCAUUAUGUCAACGAAGUCGUUCCGGACAGCUUCAAGAAGCCCUACCUCAUCAAGAUCACCUCUGACUGGUGCUUCAGCUGCAUCCACAUUGAGCCGGUGUGGAAAGAAGCUGUCCAAGAACUGGAAGGAUUGGGUGUGGGGAUCGGCGUGGUCCAUGCUGGCUACGAGCGACGCCUGGCUCACCACCUGGGGGCGCACAGCACGCCCUCCAUCCUGGGGAUCAUCAACGGGAAGGUCUCCUUCUUCCACAAUGCUGUCGUCCGCGAGAACCUGCGGCAGUUUGUAGAGAGUCUCCUUCCAGGAAACUUGGUGGAGAAAGUUACAAAUAAAAAUUACGUCAGGUUCCUGUCUGGCUGGCAGCAAGAGAAUAAGCCCCAUGUCCUUCUGUUUGACCAGAUGCCUGCUGUCCCCCUGCUGUACAAGCUGACCGCUUUCGCACACAAAGAUUAUUUGUCAUUCGGAUACGUCCACGUCGGUCUACGGGGUGUGGAAGAGAUGACGAGACAGUUCAAUGUCAACGUCUACGCCCCCACGAUUCUGAUCUUCAAAGAACACGUAAACAAGCCUGCAGAUGCCAUCCAGGCCCGAGGUAUGAAGAAGCAGGUCAUCGAUGACUUCAUUGCCCAGAACAAGUAUCUCUUGGCAGCCAGGCUCACCAACCAGAAGCUGUUUCAUGAACUCUGCCCUGUCAAGCGCUCUCACCGGCAAAGGAAGUACUGUGUGAUUCUGCUGACUGCCGAGGCGACCAACUUCAAUAAGCCCUUUGAGGCCUUCCUGGCCUUUGCCCUGGCAAACACACAAGACACAGUGAGGUUCGUGCACGUGUACAGCAACCGGCAGCAGGAGUUCGCCAACACCUUACUACCGGGCGGUGACACGUUCCGAGGAAAAUCGGCGGUUUCCAUCUUAGAAAGGCGCAACACGGCAGGAAGAGUGGUUUAUAAAACACUGGGAGAGCCCUGGACGGGGAGUGAGAGCGAUAAAUUCAUCCUUCUGGGCUACCUGGACCAGCUCCGGAAAGACCCAGCUCUCCUGUCAUCAGAGGCAGUGCUCCCCGACCUGACGGAUGAGCUUGCCCCUAUGUUCCUCCUCCGGUGGCUCUAUUCUGCUUCUGACUAUAUCUCAGACUGCUGGGGUAGCAUAUUUCACAACGACUGGCGGGAGAUGAUGCCGCUUCUGUCACUGGUCUUCUCUGCUCUCUUCAUCCUCUUUGGCACCGUCAUUGUCCAGGCUUUCAGUGACUCGAACGACGAACGGGAGUCAACUCUUCCUGAGAAAGAAGAGGCCCAUGAGAAGGCAGGAAAGACUGAGCCGAGCUUCACCAAAGAAAGCAGCAGCAAGGUUCCUAAGAAAGGCUUCGUGGAGGUGACUGAACUCACAGACAUAACGUACACCAGUAACUUGGUGCGCCUGCGACCUGGGCACAUGAACGUGGUUCUCAUCCUGUCAAACUCCACCAAGACCAGCCUGCUACAGAAAUUCGCUUUGGAGGUGUACACCUUCACUGGGAGCAGCUGCCUGCAUUUCUCCUUCCUGAGUCUAGAUAAGCACCGUGAAUGGCUGGAAUACUUGCUGGAGUUUGCCCAGGACGCGGCCCCGAUCCCAAACCAGUACGACAAGCAUUUCAUGGAGCGCGACUACACGGGCUAUGUGCUGGCUCUGAACGGCCACAAGAAGUACUUCUGCCUCUUCAAGCCGCCGAAACCAGUGGAAGAGGAAGAAGCCCUGGGGUCGUGCGCUGACCUGGACUCGUCCCUGCGUCUGGGUGACCCUCGGGGGAAGCCUUCCUGCGGCCUGGGAGCCAAGCCCCUCAAAGGGAAACUGAGCAGGUUGUCCUUAUGGAUGGAGCGCCUCUUAGAAGGCUCUCUGCAGAGGUUUUACAUCCCCUCGUGGCCCGAGCUAGACUGAGGGGGUUCCAGAGACCUCAACUCUUCAACUUUUUACCGGGUCCCCCCACCCCCAACCCCGUGGACAGGUAUUUUCAGGGCUCAAACCUACCGUGAUGGACUAAGUAGAGAUUUCAGAUCAUUCUUCUACAAGGACGACGGCCAGAAGACCUCCCCCUCGAGGAGUGAAAGAAACAUCACAGAGUGAAUCCCCUCCAUCAAAUCUUUUCCCGCUAUGUGAAACAGACUGCAUACCCGCUCCCUCCCUUCCUUCGUCGCCCCUGUCACGCGCUCGCUCCUGCCUCCCCUGCUCUGGGCUGCGGCAGCACAGAAUCCAACCUCCCGGCAGUAGGUCCAUGGAUGGAACUUCAGGGCCGGCCUGCCCGAGCCAGCCCCUGCCAGCCCCUGCUGUGCUCUGGCCAUGUGACGUGCCGCCACCACCACCCACCACCCACGGCAGCUUCCAGGCCCCGCUCCUUGCAAGAGGCCUAGCUCCAAGCAAGCUUAACAUAAGGCGUGUUCUGGGUUUCUGGCCCCCAUUUCAGCGUCUCUGUUGUUCCCGCUCUUAACUCACCGCCGCUUCAUCGGCAGCAGGGUCAGACCCGCCAUCUGCACUCCAGCUCGCCGAUAAACCGGUGUGUGAAGGACUUCCAGCUGAACCAGACUGGUUCUCCUCAGGGCAGAACCAUCAGUGGAGCUCGGACAAACUUGAGAAAGUACUGUGUUUGGGUGUCACUCUUUUAUAUAAAGUUGGAGAGUCAGCAUCAGUGGUAAGGUAUUUAUUAAGUAUUUCUCUAAUCAGAACAGCUUUAUGCUAAGCCAUUUGCAUCCAGGAUCGGUUCACUGUUGAGCCGUAAUGACACACCACUAGUCAGCUGAGUCCAUGAAUUUCUAUAGUUUUCAUGAAACUUACUUUAAAAGUAAAGAACUUACUGUCGGGCUUUCCUUGUCCUUGUGGCCCUGUGAAAGAGGGAUGCUGAAAGAGGGAGGCGCACACAGAUGGCGGUAGCACACGGCAGGCGGCCCGUUCCAACUGGCCAAGGAUCCUCAGUGCAUUUGAAGGUCCUCGGGUAUAUUCUGAGGCUCCUUUGUGGCCAGCCUACUCGUCAUAAGCAGUGGCAGGUUUUGUUUAUUUUUAAUUUCUGUUACAAGCAGGAAUAACUAGCCUUAAUGUCAGAACAUCAGAAAAAAAAACCCCAAAUAAUUGUGUGUGUGUGUGUGUGUGUUUUGCCUGUUUUUUGUUUUCAUUAAAACCAAAAGCACCUUCCCACAGCUGUAUCUGCCAUUCGUACUAAGCGAGGAGAGGAUAUAGGGCCAGAAGCAUUCCUGGCAGAUCUGGAGGCCUAUUUGAGGCAGGUAACUCCCCACAAGAUGCUGGGGAGCUUGGGUCUUCAGACCGAGCUUUACUCUGGAACACGCUGUCCUUCGGGAUGUCGUGUUUCCGCGGACCUGUUUUACUUCUGUGUCAAACGUAUGAGCCAUUGUCAUGUUCAGCCAACGCCACCAUCUAUCCUUCUGAUGUGUGUAAUCACACAGACCCAAUUCUGGUUUUAAGUUAACCAACUACCCUUAAAAUAUCUUGAAACUGAAUGUUUUUAGAAGUUUUGUGGGGUUUUUUUUCCAGGUUGGUACAGCCAAGGCAUCCUGUUGAGUGGACAGGAGUGAACGCUUCCUAAAAGCAGCUUGUGUAGACUGCAUGCCCAUUUGACUUGAUUUGUCUUUUUGUUUGCUUUGGUAAGUGAGAGACCAGAGCACCACCCUGCAAUUCGGUGCAGCGCCGGGGGUCAGCCGCGGCGCCUCGGGCUUUCAGCCACCUCCCUGGCGCCUGCGAGAUAGUUUGGCUGCUCUGCUUGGUACAGCUUGUGGAGCAGAGAGGUUGGCAACCUUUCAGUGACCACAGCCACCCUAACUUGCGUCCUGGGCUCAUGGCCGUCACUUAGUGACCGUGAAUAUUUUGUGGGUUUUCAAAUGACAGGUUGAUUCCCUCUCAGCACAGAAGCGUGUCCCUGAUAGGAAAAGUAUCAGAAUCUGGACGUGUUCUGUAUCACUUGCUUUGGAAAAGAGGCCUUUUUUUUUUUUUUUUAAGUUGCAUAUUACAUAUGAAAGUAAGAGUGUGACAGAACAGAGAGAAAGAGAAAACCAGAGCAUCACUCUGGCACAUGGGACACAGGAGAUAAAACCAGGAGCCCCGGGCACGAGACAGGCUCUGCCAGCUAAGCUGUUUAUUGCCUCACUGCCACUUGGCCUUUUUUUUCCUUUUUUUUUUUAAUAAAAUUCUUCAGAAGCCAAUGCAAAACAUCUUGAGAGACGAGCUGCCGUUCACGUCCAAAUAUCCGGCAUUGCCCUUGAGCGCAGAUGCAGGAUGGCAGCCACUAUGUCUCUCCAGCCUGUCAAAGAGGAAGAUCCUACUUUUGAGACAGAUCUGAAAAGAAGGUGAAUUUUUUUUUUGCACUUUUGAUACUCUUAUGAACAAAUAACUUAUUUAGCAAAUGGUGUCAUUUUUUUAAUGUUUUUGUUUUGUAUUGUGAUCAGGCACUGAAGCUGAUGUUGUUUUAAGACUAUUACAGACUGGAAACAAAUAAACUAUUUUACUGUGUGA